UUGCCUCCAAUCCUAUUUGUGUGGUCUCUUCUUUGCCGCUUUGAGCAGAUUCCGAGCCAGAAUCCCUGACACCAUUGAACACACUGGCCUUGAGUAGAAAUUCCACGAACGGUCGGAAUCAGACCUCCCAGCAUCCGGACCGCUUUUCUUUUUUUCCAAGAAAGUAGGAGCGAGAGAAUUACCCGUCGCAAAUGGGAUUGAAUGAUGCCAAUGGAUCCACAAUCCACCAAUGGACACGAUGGCCUUGAGUGAAAUUUCACGAACGACGCCGAUGGUGACUUUGCUACGCCGCAAAUUGUUGGUAGUUACAGUAUCAACGGUGACGGGGAAUAUUGUGAUGAUCUAUCCCAAUUGAGAUAUAUAAAACAAUCGAAAAAGUUUCCUUUUAAUCUCGAUGACACCCGGGGGAUGAUAAAAAAAUCGGACAAAGACGUUAAAAUCAGUUAUCUAUUACGAUGGAUAACGGAACAUUUUGACGAUCUUAGAAACCAAGAUUCAAAUAAUGCAACCACAAAAUGGUUAGAGGCAGACUUUGUCUGCUACCGCGGUUUAUUAAGAACUUUGUUAGCCACUCCGUACGAUACAGAAGGUUGGCUAAUAUGUGCUUCAAAAUUUAAGGGAACGAUAUAUUUGUGCGCUUACGAUACCGAGGCAAAAAAACAAAGAGUAUUAACGGAAACUGCUUAUAGUAAAAGAUGUACACUUUGGGGUCACAAAUUUGAAAAAUACAUGGUAGCAGCAUCACCUACUGCGGAACCCGAUUUAUCUGUUCCUCUAAAUCUAAACGAAUUAUUUGGCGGAGUAUUUAAGUCCCAGCUUGGUAAUAGAGUUUUACUCUAUGCCGGUGAAAUGGACGCUAUUUAUUCCAAAGAGCCGAUAUUAGGAACGAAUACUAUAAAAGGAAAAAAUAUCGAAUUCAUAGAAUUAAAAACUAUCAAUAAAAAAUUUAUUACUCGUAAUGGCCAUAUGACUUAUAACCAAAUAGCUCAGAGAGGAGAAAAAUUAUUAAGAUGGUUUCUCCAAAGCCAUUUAGUUGGUAUAAAAAGAAUUAUAUGUGGCUGUAGAGACUUUAAAGGAAUUGUUAAUAAGGUAGUGGAAUUUAAAAUAGAUAAGAUAAGAGAGGAUUCUCAGAAAAACUGGGAUUUUGAAAUUUGUAAAAAAUUUGCGAUUGGAUUUAUAGAUCGCAUAAGGGAAAUUGUUUCCCUCAAUUACGAUAAUUGUAUGUAUCAAUUUAUAUAUGAACCAGGAAGAAAUCGUAUUAAUGUGGUGACAUCAAGACCCGAUCCUGACCCAGAAUCAGAAUAUACAUUUUUAUAUUCGUGGUACGUUAACGCAGCUAGACGCCACUUUGAGAACAGUGAAAUAGCUAACUGACAACACGUAUUGCUUUAUAAGAAAAACUAUAAAUUUAUAUAUAGAUUCUUCACAACUUUAAAAGAUGUGUGAAAUCGGAUAUUUUAACUAAUACUGUAAGCUUAGUGAUAAAUUAAAAUAAAGUAUGAAUAACCUCAA